AUUACUCGUGAAUUCGUUUUCGGUGAAAAGACAAGUGCUCCGUGUGCGCGCAUCAUUUUUGUGCAACAAAACAGCCCAAAACAGGAUUACAACGAAUCUUCCAAGUGGAUUAACUAAAUAAAUAUUUUAAAUUUUUUCAAAAUGAACAAAUUCAGUGUGAUUUUGUCACUUGUUUGCGUCACUUUGACAUUGGCCGAACCACCAAGCAAUUCAUAUGGACCACCACCGCCAAGCAGCUCCUAUGGUGCGCCUAACGUGGGAUUGUCAGCCGGUCAUGGAAGCGGGUAUCAAGCCGUUGGCAGUGGAUAUCAAGAGAGCGAAGGUGCCAAUUUGGAUCCACAACUCUUGCACAAAAUCGAAGAAAUUUUGUUAGACGAAGAAAACCAUAAGAGUAGCCGUGGUGGUUCAUUGUCCAGCAGUUACGGGCCACCAUCCAGCAGUUACGGGCCACCACCUUCCGGACAACACGAGCAUGUUGUUGGCAUUAAACUUGGUCACAUAACUCAAGGACUGCAAGUUGCUCAAUUCCACCAAUCCGCACAUGCCCCAUCAAGUAGUUAUGCUGUCCCAUCGUCCUCAUAUGGCCCACCACCAACUCAGUCAUACUCAGUCCCAUCGUCUUCAUAUUCUGUUCCAUCCUCAUCGUACUCAGCCCCAUCAUUCCAUGCUCCAGCUGUCCCAUCAUCAUCGUAUGGCCUUCCAAGCUUAUCAACCUCAUAUGCAGCUCCAUCAACCAGUUUCUCGGCUCCAAUCUCAGUGCCAUCAUCAUAUCAAUCACAUGGUGGAGCAAGCUUGUCAAACACAUACUCAGCUCCAGCCAUUCCGUCCCUAAGCUACGGAGCCCCAGCUCGUGCCCCUGCAUCCACCUAUGGUGCACCGGCACCAAGCUUCUUGCCAUCAUCAACAUUCUCAUCAUACACCACCUCAUCAAAUUUCCUGGCGCCACCACCUUUGCCAUCGACAUCAUAUUCCGCGCCACGCCGUCCAGCUGCCGUGUACGGUGCCCCUAGCCAACAAACCAUUUACAUCAUUCAACCAAGAACACCCACCUCAUCAUAUUUGCCACCAAAUUCAUAUCUACCACCUCGUCAUCACUAAACACCAUUCAUCACCUCACCUCGCCACAAUUUAGAGCGUUUAGAGAAAAUACAAUUUAAGUAAAUUCCUCUUCAGCUAACGUACAAACAAAAUUCCUGUGCGAGUUACAAAACAGAAAAACAAAGCUCAUGGCUAAAUUAACAAGAAAAUUCUUUAUUUAUUUUGUUUCAUCGAAAACCUUUGUUUUAAAAAUAAUAAGUUAAACGACCAAUAUUGUGUGGGCACAACCAAAAAAAAAAAUUGCUGUGUCUCCGUUGCAUUCUAGGUAAUUAAAGUCAAUCACAUUUUGUAUAUAAAAUUAUUCAAAAUCGACGAAAAUAAAAGAUUGAAAACAACAAUAACAAA